AUGAAGCUAUACCCCUCCCUCAACCCCGACCUCGCCGACUGGGCCGCCCGCCAGCCCGUCUUCUUCACGGCUUCGGCCCCAACCCACCACCCCCACAUCAACGUCUCCCCCAAGGGCCUCUCCGCCCACUUCGCCGUCCUCUCGCCCAACUUGGUCGCCUACAUCGACCGCACCGGCUCCGGGUGCGAGACCAUCGCCCACAGCUACGAGAACGGCCGGCUGACGCUCAUGUUCAUGUCCUUCGGGCCCGCCCCGCGUAUCCUGCGUCUGUUUUGCAAGAGUCGCAUCGUGGAGUGGGAUCACCCGGACUUUGACAAGUGGAUGAAGCGUGUCAUCCCGCAGGACGACACCGCUGGGGGGAACGGCAACAGGGAAUCGUAUGAUGGUGCUAGGGCCGUCGUUGUCGGCGAGGUGUGGGAGGUGCAGACGAGUUGCGGGUACGGUGUGCCCAUGGUGAGGAAGGAGCUCUAUGCGCCCGCUACGGCGACGGAGGACGGGACGCUGGAGAAGGCGACGCAGCAGCGGCACGACAUUCUCGAUACCGGCAAGGAGACGACGAAGAAGGACGAACUCUCCGUCUUUGAGGAGCGUCCCACCCUCGACUACUACUGGAAAAAGCGCGUCGAUAACAACACGGUGAAUACCUACCAGGUCGAGACGAACCGCACCUCCAUCGACGGGUUACCCGGCUUGAAGGCUGCUAGGCGGGAUGCCGGGGAGACGCUCUGGGUCGCGGAUCUCAAGGCGGAGGUGCUGCGUGCGGCGAGGGAGACGAGGGGUGUUUUGCUAGGGGUUUUGAUUGCUGUUUUGGUGUAUUUUGUCACUGGUGUUGUGGGUGGGAUGGGUGCGAGGUGGAGGGAGGGGAGGGAGCAUAAUUGGAUUUGGCCUAAUUGA